AUGUACAUGUACGACUCUGGCUUUGCGCCCGAUUUUAAUCGCGUGUCCAUAUUCCAAACCAUACAAAAGCAGAUCGACCUACUGAAGUUUAGUGCCUGGCCUUCUAAAGGGGUCAUUGAAACAUUAAACAAACUCCAUCAGCGCUUGAAGGUCCAAGCAGCUUGGGACAGCUUUAGACGCGAACACUCCGGGCUGGUUGGCAAUGCGGCAUUUCACAGGUGCUGCUUCAUGCUUUGUCUUUACCUUCCAGAUGCGAUCUGCGUCCUGGAGAGCGAUCCCACUCUGCAACGCAUCAAUGGGUGGGAUGGUGGCUGGGUAGACACUUACGCUAUCGAAGAUCAGGCUAUAUUCAUUCUCGAGCAGGCACUUCAGGCUGCAAGCCCUUCCAGAUACUUCGCUUGA